GUACGUAAAAGUUUAUAAUAUUGUAAUACGCAGAAGCUACCUUAUAAAAUAUUCUGCCUUUUUGAGUGUGAUAUAAAAAAAAAACAACUUGAAUAAAAAAUAGCAAUAAAAAAAGUUGAAUCAUUUUUUUCUAAAAAACAGGAAUUUUAUUUUUAAUUUUUUUUAACUUGAAAAUAAUUCAAAGAUAUUCAAGAGAAUUAUCGAUGUAUUUUUGUUUUAUCCUAAAAAAUUGUAGUAUGUUCUCUACUCUCUAAACAAUAUAAGAUAAAAGAAUAAGAAAAUUUCAAAUAUUUAAUAAAUAGCUAUAAGUGUUUUUUUAUUAAAUUUUUUAUGAAAUAAACAUGUUAAAAAAUAUUUGCUAAAAAAAAAAUUUCAAAUGAAAAUAUGAAGUUAUAAAACUGUUUAAAAUAUAAUUUUAAUUUUAUAUUACAUACAUACAUCAAAAAUUUAUUCUAGAUAAUAAAAAAUAUUAUAUUUUACGUAAAAAAUAAAAUAAAAAAGAUGACGAAUACAAAAAUUUUAAGUAAAUCAUUUAAAAUUAUAAUAUUCUUGCAUACGAUUACAAUACCAACAUUUGGAUUAAUAUCAUGUCCUAAAGAAUAUCUUUUUCAAAUUGGUACUGAAACCAAAUGUUAUUCAUCAGAUGAAAAAUCAAUUUCAUGUCAUAGUCCUGUUGUUAAAAAAGCAUCAAUUGAUUGUAACGAUGAUUAUUUUAAUCAUUUACAUGAACAGGAAAUUAAAUGUAAUUUAAAUAAUGGUGAAUGGUCAAGAGUACCAUUACGUUGUUUUCCACCACAAACACCAUGUGAAAAACAUGAAAAUCCCGAAAAAAUUGAAAUAAUUAAAGAUAGAACAAAAUUUAUGCCAUGGUAUGUUGAAAUUUUAAGAAGACCACCAAUAAAUGGUGAACAAAAUGUUUUUCCAGGCGUAAUCAUAAGUGGUAGAAUGAUAAUGACAUCAGAAAAAUAUUUUAAUAAAACAUCACAAUGGGAUCUAUUGAAUUUUGUUGUACGUGUUUAUAAAUCAAAUUCAUAUGAAGAUCAUAGAAUUGAACGUAUAGAAUAUCGGCAGAAUGAUCCAUUAUAUUAUCAUGGUUUUAGAGGACAACUAUUCUUUGAACCAAUUUGUAUUUUAAUUUUAACUAUUGAUAAUUAUAUUAAAAUGGAUAAAGAAACGCAAACAGCUUGCAUUGAAUAUGAAAAACCAUUUUUUGAAGAAAAUCGUUGGUUUAUAGAAAUUAUGAAAGCAGUACCAGAAAAUAAUCUAUCACCGGAAAAUACUGGUCAUUGUAUUGUUCCAGAAGUAAAUAAACAAAAAUAUGAACUAAUGUGCUAUUCAAAUUUAUCAAACAAUUCUUUAACUGAAUGCUAUGGUACUAGUCCUAUGUUACAGGGUAUGUGCGCUAUUGGAUAUGAAAAAAAAAAUUCCAACACAGAAACAGAUGAUCCAUUAUGGUUAUGUGUAGGUGGACGUUGGAGUUCAGAAAAUGCAAAUAUUUUAACAAGUGAUAGCUGUGAAUUGAUAUGCGGUGAAACAGAUAAUGAUUUAGAUUUUGAUAGUGAUAGUCACGAUAAUGUUAAAAAUGCACCUUGGCAUGUCGCUAUUUAUACAAAUUCAUCUGAACAAUCAUAUGAACACGAACCAAUAUGUUCUGGUACUAUCAUUCAUAAAAAUAUUGUUAUUAGCGCAGCACAUUGCUUUUAUAACAUGAAAACUGAACAACCUAAUAAUCCAUCAAAUUACUUAGUUGGUGCUGGAAAACGUUUAUAUAGCUUUAGAAAAACAGAAAAAUCUGAACAAUUUCUGAAAGUUGCUGAUAUACAAUAUCCUCGAAUGUAUAACAAGGCUCAUUUAGAAAAUGAUGUUGCAGUUUUAAUAUUAAGUUCAAAUUUCGUUUAUAAUUCACUUGUUAAACCAGUUUGUAUUGAUUGGAUAUCAAAUUGGAAUCAUGAUUUAAAAAAUGAAAUUGAUGGUUUAACUUUUGGAUGGCGUAUCAAAUCAGAAGAUGCAUCAUCAAAUGCCGAACUAAAACAAAUUAAUUUAAAAGCAUUAACAAAGGAGCAAUGUAAAUUGAAAAUUGAAAAUUCAGAAGUAUCUGAUGAAAUAUUUUGUGCAGCAAGUAAUAUAACUAAUGUGAUAUGUAAAGGUGAUAGUGGAGCAGGUUUUGUUGUUAAAAAGCGAAUCGGUUCAAAAGAACGCUAUGUAUUAUGGGGUAUAUUAAGUUCAGAAACUAAUAAAGAACUUUAUUGUUCAGGUAGUUUAAUAAACCUUUUCGCAAAUAUAAGGCAUUUUCAAGAUCAAAUUAAAACUAUUAUAAAUAGAAAUAGAUCAAAUAUAAAUAAAAAUAAAUUAUCUGAAUUGAUUUGGCAUCAAUUAUAUGCUCAUAAUAUAUUCACAACAUUAAGUUGGAUAAAAAAAGAAUUAAAUUUAAGAUAUCUGCCAAAAGAAAUAAUAGACGAUGGUGAAUAGUUUUUUUCUAAUACAAUAAAUAAACAUACUUUUUUUUUCCAAA